AUGUCAGUGACGGAGGGCGAGUCCGUCACCCUGGAGUGUCGCUUCACCCGGAAGGUGGACGACCGCUACCUGGUGUGGGGCUGGGUGCCCCCGGGCAGCGGCAGCAUCCAGCAGCUGCUGUACUGGAGCCCGGGCUCCCACACCCCCACCUACGUCCACGGGAGUCCCGCCCGCCUCAGGCCGGAGAAGGAUUUCGCCCGCAGGACGAUGAGGCUGGCCAUCGCCCGGACCCAGCGCCGGGAUUCCAGCCGUUACUUCUGCCAGCUCUCCGACAGCAUGGCCGACGGGAACGUCACGGACUUCUGCGGCUGCGGGACCACCCUGAGGGUCCAGGAGGAGCCUCCGGCAUCCCCUCCCUCCGUGGAGCUCCACUCUCCGCCUUCCGGACCCACCCGGGCGAUUGGCAAUGCCACCCUGCUCUGUCUGGUCGCUGGGUACUACCCCUCAGGGGUCGACAUCUCCUGGAACCUGGAUGGGGUGGUGGUGAGCUCUGGGGUCAGCCAGAGUCCCGGGUGCCGGGAUGCCAAGGGAAGUUACACGAUGGUGAGCCGUGUGGAGGUGCCCACGCCAGUCUGGAUGGGCGCUCACCGAUACCAGUGCACAGUCCGGCACUCCGCACUCUCCCAGCCCAUUGUCAAGGAACUCCACACACUCGCUUCUGUCUCCCUCCGACGUCCGUCUCUCCGAGUGAUCCGACCAUCUAUCCGGGAGAUGGUGACCAAGCGGACUGCGACUCUGCACUGCAUAGCCACCCUAUUCAUCCCUGAGCCCAUCACCUUGCUCUGGAAGGCUCAGGGACAGGGGAUUCCCAGGUCUUCCCGGAUCCUGGUACCAACUGCCAAUGAGGAUGGUAGCUACAGUGCCCGGAGUGAGUUAACGUUGGCACGGGAGGACUGGGAGGCAGGGACCAGCUACAGCUGUCAGCUUGCAAAUGCACAGUCCGAUCCCAUAAGCACCACUUUUCAAGUGGAGGAUGCCCAGCUUUGGAAGCAGCCCUCUGUCCAGAUGCUGGUGAUGGAGACGGAGGACGAGGACGAGGAGGGAGAGCUCCCUGGCAGCGGGAACACUACGCUGGCCUGCUUCGUGUCUGGCUUCUACCCGGGAGAUGUCUACCUGAGCUGGAGGAGCCAGGGCCGGGAGCUCUCUGAGGGAGUGACUACUUUCCCAGUAACACCAGACCCUCAUGGGACCUUCCACACAGUCAGCCAGCUCUCUGUGCCAUCCCGAGACUGGCACAGUGGGUAUAACUUCACCUGCCUGGUGGGACACCAGGCCCUGGAAGGGCUGAAGGAGACUCAGCUCCGGAAGGAUUCAGCUUCUGUCUCCGUCCGACAUCCAUCUCUCCGAGUGAUCCCUCCAUCUAUCCGGGAGAUGGUGACCAAGCGGACUGCGACUCUGCACUGCGUAGCCACCCUGUUCAUCCCUGAGCCCAUCACCUUGCUCUGGAAGGCUCAGGGACUGGAGGUUCCCGGGUCUUCCCGGAUCCUAGUACCAACUGCCAAUGAGGAUGGUAGCUACAGUGCCCGGAAUGAGUUAACGUUGGCACGGAAGGACUGGGAGGCAGGGACCAGUUACAGCUGUCAGCUUGCAAAUGCACAGUCCGAUCCCAUAAGCACCACUCUUCAUGUGGCAGACGCCCAGCUUUGGAAGCAGCCCUCUGUCCAGAUGCUGGUGAUGGAGACCGAGGACGAGGAGGGAGAGCUCCCUGGCAGCGGGAACACUACGCUGGCCUGCUUCGUGUCUGGCUUCUACCCGGGAGAUGUCUACUUGAGCUGGAGGAGCCAGGGCCGGGAGCUCUCUGAGGGAGUGACUACUUUCCCAGUCACACCAGACCCUCAUGGGACCUUCCACACAGUCAGCCAGCUCUCUGUGCCAUCCCGAGACUGGCUCAGUGGGUAUAACUUCACCUGCCUGGUGGGACACCAGGCCCUGGAAGGGCUGAAGGAGACUCAGCUCCGGAAGGAUUCAGCUUCUGUCUCCGUCCGACAUCCAUCUCUCCGAGUGAUCCCUCCAUCUAUCCGGGAGAUGGUGACCAAGCGGACUGCGACUCUGCACUGCGUAGCCACCCUGUUCAUCCCUGAGCCCAUCACCUUGCUCUGGAAGGCUCAGGGACUGGAGGUUCCCGGGUCUUCCCGGAUCCUGGUACCAACUGCCAAUGAGGAUGGUAGCUACAGUGCCCAGAAUGAGUUAACGUUGGCACGGAAGGACUGGGAGGCAGGGACCAGUUACAGCUGUCAGCUUGCAAAUGCACAGUCCGAUCCCAUAAGCACCACUCUUCAUGUGGCAGACGCCCAGCUUUGGAAGCAGCCCUCUGUCCAGAUGCUGGUGAUGCAGACCGAGGACAAGGAGGGAGAGCUCCCUGGCAGUGGGAACACUACGCUGGCCUGCUUCGUGUCUGGCUUCUACCCGGGAGAUGUCUACUUGAGCUGGAGGAGCCAGGGCCGGGAGCUCUCUGAGGGAGUGACUACUUUCCCAGUCACACCAGACCCUCAUGGGACCUUCCACACAGUCAGCCAGCUCUCUGUGCCAUCCCGAGACUGGCACAGUGGGUAUAACUUCACCUGCCUGGUGGGACACCAGGCCCUGGAAGGGCUGAAGGAGACUCAGCUCCGGAAGGAUUCAGCUUCUGUCUCCGUCCGACAUCCAUCUCUCCGAGUGAUCCCUCCAUCUAUCCGGGAGAUGGUGACCAAGCGGACUGCGACUCUGCACUGCGUAGCCACCCUGUUCAUCCCUGAGCCCAUCACCUUGCUCUGGAAGGCUCAGGGACUGGAGGUUCCCGGGUCUUCCCGGAUCCUGGUACCAACUGCCAAUGAGGAUGGUAGCUACAGUGCCCAGAAUGAGUUAACGUUGGCACGGAAGGACUGGGAGGCAGGGACCAGUUACAGCUGUCAGCUUGCAAAUGCACAGUCCGAUCCCAUAAGCACCACUCUUCAUGUGGCAGACGCCCAGCUUUGGAAGCAGCCCUCUGUCCAGAUGCUGGUGAUGGAGACCGAGGACGAGGAGGGAGAGCUCCCUGGCAGCGGGAACACUACGCUGGCCUGCUUCGUGUCUGGCUUCUACCCGGGAGAUGUCUACGUGAGCUGGAGGAGCCAGGGCCGGGAGCUCUCUGAGGGAGUGACUACUUUCCCAGUCACACCAGACCCUCAUGGGACCUUCCACACAGUCAGCCAGCUCUCUGUGCCAUCCCGAGACUGGCUCAGUGGGUAUAACUUCACCUGCCUGGUGGGACACCAGGCCCUGGAAGGGCUGAAGGAGACUCAGCUCCGGAAGGAUUCAGCUUCUGUCUCCAUCCGACAUCCAUCUCUCCGAGUGAUCCCUCCAUCUAUCCGGGAGAUGGUGACCAAGCGGACUGCGACUCUGCACUGCGUAGCCACCCUGUUCAUCCCUGAGCCCAUCACCUUGCUCUGGAAGGCUCAGGGACUGGAGGUUCCCGGGUCUUCCCGGAUCCUGGUACCAACUGCCAAUGAGGAUGGUAGCUACAGUGCCCAGAAUGAGUUAACGUUGGCACGGAAGGACUGGGAGGCAGGGACCAGUUACAGCUGUCAGCUUGCAAAUGCACAGUCCGAUCCCAUAAGCACCACUCUUCAUGUGGCAGACGCCCAGCUUUGGAAGCAGCCCUCCGUCCAGAUGCUGGUGAUAGAGACUGAAGACGAGGACGAGGAGGGAGAGCUCCCUGGCAGAGGGAGCACUACGCUGGCCUGCUUCGUGUCUGGCUUCUACCCGGGAGAUGUCUACCUGAGCUGGAGUAGCCAGGGCCGGGAGCUCUCUGAGGGAGUGACUACUUUCCCAGUAACACCAGACCCUCAUGGGACCUUCCAGACAGUCAGCCAGCUCUCUGUGCCAUCCCGAGACUGGCACAGUGGGUAUAACUUCACCUGCCUGGUGGGGCACCAGACCCUGGAAGGGCUGAAGGAGACUCAGCUCCGGAAGGAUUCAGGUAUAGUGGCAUCGUGGCCAGAGGCAAAUCCCCAAGGAAGGACAGUGUCAGCGCUGGGUGGAAAUCUUCAGGAAGUCUCCAUGGCUCUGGGGCUCUAUUAUCGUCAGCCUGAUCAUUCUCUGCAUUGCUUUAGCCACUCUCGCCGGUCUGCACUGCGGCAGGAGGGGCUGCAGGAAGAGGAAAGGUAG